AUGUCGACCUCCCACUCCCACUUGAUGAAGACCACCCGAAGGGGAAAACCAUAUGUCAAGGACACCCAUGACCUCUUCUCCACCCUCAUCAUCUCCUUGCCGCUUGAGAAUCAUCGAAGUUUCCUCAAAACAUACCCCAACAGCUUCAUCUGCGAUGAAGCGGCCGCCAACCUCGCUUCGCUCAAAUUCUCUCAAUCCCAACGUGUGCCCGAUCCAAAAGACCCCUCUCGAAUCGUUACGACGACCACCACCACGACCUUUUCCAUGACACGCGAAAUGGCCAAGGGGAUAUGUCAACAUUUCAUGGACUCUCACCUCAUUGAGAACGCCGCGGAUCUCAAGUCGAUCGAUUUCAAAGAGCGUGGCGUCUACAUGAUCACGCCUAAGGGUCUACAUAUUCUCGAACGAUUCAUCACCAAGAACGGAAUCAAUGCGGAUCAUACCCUCCGAUUAUUCGCACAGCAACCCAUCUGUAUGAAACUCUUACACCUCGAACGGAGAUCCGCAGACGAUGAGAUCAUCAUCACGAAAUCAGUCAUCGAGGUCCUCUGGCGACGAUUCGUCGGUCGGGAGCCCAAUGCAACGACUCUCUCCGAUGACGACGUCGAGGCGUUGACAAGAUCAAGGUGGUAUGCCAAGUCAUCUGUCAUCCCUGGUGAAGAGAUUGAUAGUUCACAAGGGAUGAUCCUGCGUAAACGAGUGGACAAGAAGGGAAACAAUGGGAACGGUGCAGACGAGUACAUCUUCCCUGCGCUCUUGGCCGUGGAUUGGUUACUCGACUUUUCGACAUCUGUUGGACCUGACGAAGCUGCAGAACUAGCCGCUCAUUUCGUCAGGUAUGGUUUCAUCGCUUUAUACAGUGACACGGGGAGGAUGCGAGACACCGAUUUCGUGGCGGUUGUCAGAGGCGGCGGAGCGGGUGGUGGAGCAGGUGCCAUCAUGCAAGAAGCAGAGUACCGUGCGACGUGCAAAGCGGUGUACAAAGUCACCCGAGACGGCAUGUCAGUAGCCCGAUGGGAGGGCCACGUCAAGCCGACGCCUGGGUCCAACUCUGCGGCAGUAUCCAAAUCCGACCUUCACGCUCAAGACAAGCUAUCCAGCAAGACGCCGAGACCAUCGCACUCGACAGAUGACAGUUCGACGCCUCCUUCUGCACUCGGUCGUCGACCCUCUCUCACCGAUAGGUUGAGAUCCGAUUUCAGCGAAAUGACGUUGGGCGAUAAAGACAUGCUCGUCAAGGAUUCACACACUGCUCGACUGAAACAUAUUCUCGAGGAACCUGCUAUCCGAAGUCUGUUUAGGGAAUUCCUCAGAGCAAAUUUCUGUGAAGAGAAUCUCAGUUUCUGGCUCGAUACCUCGGAUUUCAGACGAAGAUUCAACACCACUUCCAGUGCGGUCGCCAUGCCUGGCGUCGGUAAAGGUCAACGUGCCGUAGGGCAUCAAGCGCUGGAAAAGCAUCAUCAGGAUCUGAUCGCCAUGGCCUUUGUGAUCUACAAUACCUACUUGGCUCCUGCUUCCCCGUGCGAGCUCAACAUUGACCACAAUCUCCGAGCCGAGCUCAUCUCAUUUAUGAACACUGUCACUGCCGACAAGGACGCCGCGUCCAAAGGGCAUUUGGAACCCAGUGCGGUUGGCGGUUCAGCAGUCCAAGCGAGUCAAUUGCAGACGCUUGUGAAGCUGUACGAGAGAAUCCAAAAUUAUAUCUUCAGAUUGAUGGCGACGGAUUCGGUGCCAAAGUUCUGUAAGACCGAACGAUUCCUCAGCCUUAUGCGAUCCGUCUUUGACUCGAGUGCCGAAAAUAUCUUUGAUGAUCCCGCGGAAAUCAAAGCGGCAGGUCUGCAGUUGGGUUCAAGGGACGGUACGAAUAGUCCACCCGCCAGAGCAUACAUCACCAUCUCUCAGGUGAGUCAGACGGGAGGACGGAAUAGAUGGCGUGAGACCACGAGCUGA